ACUGGUGGUGAGGAGCCGCUGCAGCGCGUCAGGACCGGACCGUGAACCCCGGAGACGGUACACACUGAGGCGAAAGGAGACACAGGAUGGAGCGGAUGUCUGAGGAGGCGCUGAGGCUCAACCUGCUGAAGCGAGGCCUGGAGUCACCCAGCGAGCGAGAGGAGGCGCUGGCCAAGCGCCUCAAGAUGGAGGGCCACGAGGCCAUGGAGCGCCUCAAGAUGCUGGCAUUACUCAAACGUAAGGACCUAGCUGACCUAGCAGCCCUGGAGGUCGCGGGGCCCCUGGGAGACGGGAAGGGCCCCGGAGCCAGCUCCCUCCACCACCAGAGCCUAAUGGGUGCUGCUUAUGAGGAGAAGAUGAACGGGAGUCUGCGGCUGGGAGGCCACAGCGGCCAUGUUGGACCCAGUAAGAACGGGAAGGAGAACAUCCUGGAUGAGCCGGUGGACAUGAGCGCUGGGAGAAGAUGUGAUUCGGAGCAUGACAGAAGAACUCCGUCUCCGGACGUCAUCAUCCUGUCAGACAACGAGGCGUCCAGUCCCAGAACCACACCUCGCCCUGAGGAGCGCCUGCACCAGGCCAACCUGGACAUGUUCAAGGGGAAGACGGGAGAGGAGAGGCAGCAGAUGAUCAAAGCUCUGAGGGAGGAGCUGCGUCUGGAGGAGGCUCGUCUGGUUCUGCUGAAGAAGCUCAGACAGAGUCAGAUGCAGAAGGAGAACGUGGUGCAGAAGGUCCCGGUGGUCCAGAACGCCGCGUCCUCCGUUCAGCCCCCUCCCAUCCACAGCUCUCCUGGCCUGGGGAAGCUGCCUGUGAGGCCGGGCCUGCACAACCCUGAGCCCCAGAACCUCCGCCUGUGUCUCUGUCUUUCCUCUCUGCAGGGUCACACAGUCAUCAGGUCAGCAGCUAAUGCUAACCUGCCGCCCAUGCUAAUGUCCCAGCGAGUGAUAGCCCCCAACCCCGCCCAGCUGCAGGGCCAGAGGGUCUCCUCCAAGCCUGGGAUGUCUCGCUCCAGCUCCAGCAGCAUGGCCAACGCCGUCAGCUACCAGCAGGCCAGCCAGCAGGUGGCAGCGUCCCAGCGCUCAGGCUCCAGCGCCAUGUACAUGAACCUGGCCCACAUGCAAGCGGCGGCGGCGGCGGGGGCCGGCGGGGUAGCCGGCGGCCUGGGCGGGUCUUCGGCCGUCAGCCCGUCCACCAUGUCUGGGUCGGCCAGCGGAGGGGUGAGCUCCAUGGCCGACCAGGCCAGCAGCCAGGCGGCGGCCAAGCUGGCCCUCAGGAAGCAGCUGGAGAAAACCCUGCUGGAGAUCCCUCCCCCGAAACCCCCCGCCCCGCUCCUCCACUUCCUGCCCUCCGCCGCCAACAGCGAGUUCAUCUACAUGGUGGGCCUAGAGGAGGUGGUGCAGAGUGUGCUCGACAGUCAGGGUAAACUCAGAGGGACGCUGGCCCGCAUGGAGCCGUUCUUCUGCGCCCAGUGCAGAACCGACUUCACCCCUCACUGGAAGCAAGAGAAGAGCGGGCGAAUCCUCUGUGAGCAGUGCAUGACGUCCAAUCAGAAGAAGGCUCUGAAGGCGGAGCACACCAACAGGCUGAAGAACGCCUUCGUGAAGGCUCUGCAGCAGGAGCAGGAGAUCGAACAGAGGCUGCAGCAGCAGGCCGCCCUCUCUCCCAGCUCGGUCCCGACCGGCCCCAACGCCUCCAAGACUGACUCCAUGAUCCGACAUCAUGCCCUCCGCCAGGCUCCUCAGCCUCAGGCCUCCCUGCAGCGAGGUCUGUCCAACUCGGCGCGAGGCGUCCUGUCAAACUUCGCUCAGGCCUCCCAGCUGUCGGUGGCCAGCAGCCUCAUGGGAAUGACCAGCGCCAAGCACUGCGGCAGCGGCGGAGGCGGCGGCAGCAGUAGCAGCAACAGACUGCAGCACGACAGCCGUCGCCAGAUCUACAACAUCCCAGGGUUAAAUAUUGCCUAUCUGAACCCAGCGGCAGUUGGAGCCCAUAAGAGCUCCAGCUUAGCAGACCGGCAGAGAGAGUACCUGUUGGACAUGAUCCCACCUCGAUCCAUAUCGCAGUCCAUCACCGGACAGAAAUGAGCCCCGACGCAGCCAUCCAUGCCCCGAC